GUUUUUGAAAAUGGCUAAUCGAAGGUCAGUGUCGAUAGUUUUCUCGUUAGUUGCCAUAUUGGGUUUUGCAAGGGGUUUUUCGAGUAAAGUAGAAGAAAGACCCCCGCCAGAAGAAUUAAGGAUAGUUGGUGGAUAUCGAACUCACGAAGUUAUUCCGUAUCAAGUGUCCAUUCAAAGCCGCGCUGUUGAGAAUAUUGUUAACAGAUUAAUUCAAACCCUCUUACCAUUCGUGAAGGCAGAAUGGACUCACGUCUGUGGUGGCGCGAUCAUUAGCCGUCGUCACGUUUUGACUGCAGCUCAUUGUGUUUUCGGCAGCGAACCCCGGGACAUCACAGUUGUUGCCGGAACUCACGAUUUGGCAUACCGAGCUUACCGGCAUGGUGUGGAAAAGUUUGCCAUCCAUCCUGACUACAGAGAAAUAUCGAGCGACAUAGCAAUCAUUACCAUCCAAGAAAACUUCUUAUUCGGGUCUAAGGUGCAGAAAAUUGGAUAUGAUGGGGACUAUGAUAUUCCUCCAGGAAGCUCUUGCAAAUUCUUUGGAUGGGGCUACCUGACUCCUGUACGAAUUGGACUCAAUGCCUUCCAGUUGCAUGGAAUUGAACUGAAAACCAUACCAAAUGAGGAUUGCCAAGCUGGAGAGUAUGCUGUUACUGACACCGAGAUUUGCACUAGUGGAAGUUUAGUUCAAGGAUUGUGUGCGGGUGAUUCUGGUGGCGCUCUUACAACUUGGGAUCAAAGUAAUAUUAUUGGAAUUGCAUCGUACUCAAGUCAACUGUGCGGUUCCGGAUUACCAGACGUGUUCACUAGAGUAUCCAAAUUCGUCGAUUGGAUUAAGGAAAAUGUGGAGGGUCCAGUAAGUACGGGCGAUAAGAACUCAACAAUUGUGUGAACGUUUCAAGCGCUGGAUA